AUGGCGUCUUUAUCCCUAUUAGCAGCUUUCCCAGUAGUGCGUGAGUUUACUUCAGCGGACGAUGGCAGAGAAGCGGCCGCCGUCCUCCUCCUGGCUCCAGCAAGGGGAACCGCCCCCCUCCUCGACGAUCAGGGCUUCCAGAAAGUCCAGAAGAAACGGAAAAAAGCCCUAAAUAAUGUCAUCGACCUUCCUCAACCUUUGACGCCUCCAGCACCUACCAUGACGACUCAGGCACUCCCUAAAUUCAAAGCAACUUCCCAAGAACACCAGACAUCGUAUGCGGCCGUCCUAGCACUUGAGAAAAAAUACCCUAAAGCACAACUCCAAGCCCGACCGAAUCUGAAAAGGGGAAUUCAUUAUUACCCCGAAGGACCAACAGUCGGCAGACCUCCUGAAGAACGAUCCUCUAUGCCUCCUUUUGGACCCUGCUGUUUUUCGCGUUGCAAAGUGAAAAACAGAGAUGGUACUGAAGAAGAAACUCAAAAAGUCGAAGCUACGUUUUUAGAGGCAAAAUUCCAGACUUCAUCAGCCUUGGGAUCCUCGGAAACUACAAGACCGAAGCUUUUAUCCCCGACCUCUCAGGUGUUUCAAGUGCCAGAGGUUUGGGCAUCACAGGAGGGAGUGCACGGCCCCAGCAUGGUCUGCGGAAUCUGCAGCCAAAAGCAUGAGACCGACGUUUGCCUCAACAAAUUCAAAGCAAAAGGCCACACCGUUGCCCGAUGCCCAAAUUGCCAUCAGUCUCAUCAUGCAGGUUCAAGGGGUGCCCGUCAGACUGGAAAAAGCUGGAGGAUGAAGGGCAUUUCCCCACCGCCAGCAAGACUCGAGAAACGACAAACCUCGCCCUCAAGACGACCACCAUUUGAACCUCGUAUUGAUCCACGAACUAAUCGACCACCUCCACCACAAGCUCUUCAACCUUCCCCUGCAGAACACCCCAAACCUCGUCACUAUAUCCCAAACCCCUCAACCUUUCCUUCCCUACAACCUCCAAUUCCCAAACCCCUUCCAACCCUCCCGACCCCUAAGGUUAUUCCCUCAACCCUCAGUCAAUCCCCCAACCCCUCAGGUUACUCCCCAGCCUUCGCACCACCGACGACGUCGACUCCUGCUCGUAUUGAAGCAGGAACUCAGACAGAAAACCAGAACAACCAGUGGAAGAUAUGCAGGUCGAGACAAUUACAGAAGCUCCCACUUUGUAUGCCGAAGCUGGAACACAAACAGAGGAGUUCCCAGUUAAGCAAGACAUGGAAAUCCAGACCUGCAAACCGAAACUCAGAUCAGUCGCCUCUGGAAGUGAAUUCCGGUUCGUAG